AUUGUAUUUUCCAGACUGCCUAUGACAGGUUGGGAAGGGGAGGGAGCUGUCAUGUGUUUCCAGAUAGUGACCUUAGUCAGUGAAUGGCUUUUGAGCAGAGCAAUAAGUUCAGCUUUGCUUGUAAAAUAGUCAGUGGCUGUUUAGCAUCCUUGACACCAAAGUGGUAAAAGAGGAAGUAAAGAAGAAGAAGCUGUUUAGCAACUCAUGAGAAAAGAACAUAUUGGACGUGUCCAAGGGGUGAUAUAGCAUCACACUGCAUUCCCAACAUCGGAAAAAAAGCAACAAUCUGAAUCUCUCAACCCUUUGGUGUUACCAACAAUGGCAUUCCAUGGUAGAACUGUCUCUUUUUUCUUCUCAAUCUGUGUGGCAAACUUCAUGACACAAGGUGUAAUUCUUCUGAAAAAUAUUUACAUGACCAACUGCAGAAUUGCAGGUGUAGCGCUUGUUGCAGAUAAGAAUAGAACCAAUUUUAAUUUUGCUGAAGCAGAAAUAGUUUGCAGGCAGCUGGGAUUAACACUAGCACAAAAAUCCAAGAUUGAAGCUGCUUGGAAGCAUGGCUUUGAAACUUGCAGUUUUGGCUGGGUAGCAGAAGGCUAUGCUGUAAUUUCUCGUGUAACUCCAAAUGAAAAAUGUGGUCAGAAUAAAACUGGGAUUUCCAGCUGGAGAAUGAAACUAGACAGGAAGGCUCGUGUUUAUUGUUAUAAUUCUUCAGAUACGUGGAUUAAUUCAUGCAUCCCGGAACAAAGCACAGUUGCAUUACCAGACAGUUCCACUGAGAUGAACUCCACCCUAACAGCCUCAUUUCAGGAUACCUCUACAGGGGUUGACACAACUCCGUUACUAAAAACUCCAAAGUCCCCAAAGUAUCGCAUCAUAUGUGUAACAGAAACUUUACCACCCGAACCCACUCCCGAGAAGGAAAAUCGGCUUUUCACUGAAAAGCGAACUGCCUUUAAAAAUGAGGGUGUCCCAUUUGGAGCUGUACCUAUCGUGCUUCUGGUGCUUGCCCUCUUCUUCUGUACAGCAGCAAUGGUUUUAGCUGUCUGCUAUAUCAAAAAAUACAAGAAAACAUCUCUAUUUUCAAGCAAAGGGAAGAAAGAUGAAAUAGAAACCAAGAACAUCAAAGAACUAAAUGCAAAAAACCAACCUCCAGAGCAGGGCCUAAAGAAUGGGAAAAAGGAAGAAGUGGAAGUCAAGUCUGAACCGCCAGUAAAGUGUUUGGAAGCAGAAGUUUAAGCCAUCUCAAUGAACAGAUGCCACAUGAACAAAUGGCAUAAACCAAUUAACAGUUUAUGAAUUGAUAAUUGUAUGUUUUGCCAAAGUCAGUAUUAGGUGUGUAAUACAA